GCAGCAGCAACAGCAAACGGGGCUUUUCACAUCCCGGGCGGCAGCCAGCAAACACUGCAGGACUUUGUGCGCAGAGAGCGAGCAACCGAGCAGGCUGACAACUUGUGCACGGGAUCUUUGCAAGGAAACUUCCUGCAUUCUUUCCAAGGGAGCCUUGGUUAGCGGGGGAGGGGGAGGGGGUAGCGGGAAGGUCUGUUCCUCCUCAGUCGCUUGUUGCUGUUUGGAUUUGGCACUUAAACCGUCAGCAGAGAAGCACUGGAGCGAAGAAGAGCGAUGGGAACUCGCCUAGCUUUUAUUUGGCGCUUGAGAACAAGGAGGCGCUGAAGCUAAGAGGACCACCGAAUAGAAAGAGGGCUGAAACUUGCCUCUUACAUCUCUGCAUGGACUAGACUUGAAACUGAACCAUGAGUCUGCAGGCCCAUCCAAAGUCUUCAAGCAAGAGGACUGGGAAGCGGAUUGCCUUUUUCAAUGAGGAAGAAGUUCAGCAGCAGCAGCAGCAGCAGCAACAACAACAGCAGCAGCAGCAACAACAACAACAACAACAGCAGCAGCAGCAGCAGCAGCAGCAGCAGCAGCUGCUUAAAGAAGGGCAGUACUUCAACCAUGGGGGGAAUGUGCCUUCUUCCCAGGGCAUGGAGCUUUCCAAGCCAGGUGUAUACGGGGGCGUCCAUGGCAAUGCUGCUUUGCUGAACUCUCUUUAUCAGGAUAGAGGCGAUGCGAGGAUGAUCCCCCAGCAGCUGGCUGCUGCCAAGUGGCAGAACUCUCUGUUGGGGAACCGGCUACCAGAGCGCAGCGAUGCCAGCUGGCAGCCACAACCUGGAGGCUGGAAUCACGGGAUAGUGUAUGGGGGUGCCCAGAAAGGGGGGCACCCCAACGCCAACAUCCCAGGUUUCUUCAGCCACCAAGAUCCCUUGAAGAGGAACCGGGAGAAAGGUGUGGUGGUGUCGCACCUGGACUUGUAUGGAGAUGCUGUGCAACAGAUGAUGUCUCAUAAAGCCCAGUUAGAACAGCAAGCCCUGGCCAGGCAGCAAGCCCAGAUUAAUUCUUUUCAGCAAAUGCAGAAGCAGCAACAGCAGCAGCAGCAGCAGCAGCAGCAGAAUCAGACCCUCCCAUUGCAACCUUUCCAGCUUGCCUUUGGCCACCAGGGCCAGAAGCAGGGUCUCCCCGAACUGUUGCAUGUCUUUCAGCAAGCCCCCCCUACUUCCAGCCCAGCCUUUACCACCCAGCAGAAGCAACAAGCUCUUCCACAGUUGCAACUGUUUGAAAACUUUUAUCCGCAGCAGCAGCAGCAGCAGCAGCAGCACCAUCAGCAGCAGCAGACGGCUGUGCAAGGCUUUGGCAUGCAGCAACCUGCAUCUGUCACGCAGCCUCAUGGGGCAGGGCCACCCCAGCCUCCUCAGCAUCAUAUGGUUUCCCAUCAGUUCCACCCGGUUCCCGAGCGGAACCAGGAGCUGCUGAAGGCCCUGACAGAACCAAAUCCACAGACUGUCCUUCCCCAGGCCCAGAUCCCUCUCCCAAGGAGAUCACGGAGGCUUUCCAAGGAAGGUGUCCUGCCAGUGUCUUCUGCAGAGGAAGCGUUGGCAUCCAAGCCAGCUGAGGAGUAUUCUGGCGGUGUGUUACCACACCACUGGCAACCGCAGCAGCACCCAGAAGUCCAGUUUCGACACCAGCCCGAAGCGUUCAGUCACAACAAGGAGAUCUAUUUGCAACCUGGCAGAACAGAGCUGGAGCAUGGGGAGAUGCCAGCUGGCGCCCAGCCCGAAGCGGAGAAAGCGGGUGUGUAUGAGAACGCCAGCCAGGCAGAAAAGCCAGUGGGUGCCACGGAGGGCCUCGGCCAGAGAGCUAACGACUUUGGUGGGGUCAGAGGCGGCGUCAUCCAGAGCACGCGGAGGAGACGCCGUGUUUCUCAGGAAGCCAAUUUGCUAACCCUGGCUCAGAAGGCUGUGGAGUUGGCUUCUCUUCAGAAUCUCAAAGAGCCAGAAACUUCAGAAGAAAGGAACAGGAGUGAGGCGGCAGUCACUGCACCCAGGAGUGUCGUAGAGUUUGCCGGUUCUUCGCCAGCCUCGAAGAGAGCCCGGGAAGACAGCAGCCUUGUGCCUCUCAUCAUGCCCGUGUCUGUGCCUGUGAGGAGGCUGGACUCUCAUGAUAUCGGUAGUGAGAAGGGAGAGGAAGGGAAGCCACAGCGGUUCGUGGCAAACGACCGAAGCUUCGCUGAAAGCAAGCCUUCCGUAAUCGUCACCCGGAGGAGGUCGAAUCGCAAUUUGAAUAUGGACGUGCCAACUCAGCAUGAAGGCCCUGCUCCAAAAGAAGAAGUGGAAGGCUUUGCACGGAAACCGAAGCAGCGGCCCAGGCCAGAGCCUCUCUUCAUACCACCAAAAGCUGGCACCUUCAUUGCUCCGCCUGUCUAUUCCAAUAUCACACCCUACCAGAGCCACUUGCGCUCGCCUGUCCGCUUGGCAGACCACCCUUCUGACAGGAACUUUGAGCUACCUCCUUACACUCCCCCGCCAAUACUUAGCCCAGUGCGAGAGGGUUCCGGACUGUAUUUCAAUGCCUUCCUUUCUGCUAGUGGUAACUCAGUUCCACCUCCUAUGACUCCUAAAAGUGCACACAGGACACUACUCAGAUCCAAUAGUGCAGAAGUCACCCCUCCUGUCCUUUCAGUAAUGGGAGAGUGUACUCCUGUCAGCAUUGAACCACGGAUCAAUGUGGGCUCCCGGUUUCAAGCAGAAAUCCCACCUCUUAGAGAUCGAUCUCUGGCAGCCUCUGACAAGGCCAAGGCAGAACUGGUGUGGCAGCCAUGGGAGGAGCUUGAAACGGAUGCGUCUACUCAAGAGAAUGUGGAGAACCUGCUAACUGCUGCUUGCUCAAGUAUAUUUCCUGGAGGUGGCACCAACCAAGAGCUGGCAUUUCACUGCUUACAUGAAACGAAAGGAAAUGUUCUGGCUGCGCUGACCAAAUUGCUGCUGAGGAGGUCUUUGUGGCCUGCAAACCACACAUUGGCCGACUAUCACUACACAGGAUCAGAUAAGUGGAGCACACUAGAGAAAAAGCUCUUCAAUAAGGGGAUUGCCAUCUACAAGAAAGACUUCUUCCUGGUUCAGAAACUUAUUAAAACAAAGACUGUGGCUCAGUGUGUGGAGUUCUAUUAUACAUACAAAAAGCAAGUAAAAAUAGGCCGGAAUGGGGCUUUGAUCUUUGGGGAUGUUGAUGGAGCCAGUGAAAAAGCGGUUAAAGAUGAAGUGGAAGUAGAUAUCAAGAGCUCCCAUAGGCUUACGCGAACUCUUCCUCCCAGAACGUAUAACGAAGACUAUGAAAACACUGACGAAGAGGAAGAGGAAGUGGAGGAUCGGUUGGUUAUAAAAGAGGAAGAAGUAGACGCAUAUGAGUUUGACGACAAGAACAGCAACACCGCACUCCCCAAACCCACACAGAUGCUACACACUGAGGACCAGGUUGGUAGUCUCCUUGUGGAAAAACAGCAGGAACCUGGUCCUCCAAGAGCAGCAGAAGCCAGAGGCAGAACUUCAAGGAGGACAAAGGAGACGCCCAUUAAAUAUCGGAAGACUUCUCCACCUGCCCAAAAGAGAAAAAGAAAACCAAAGCCCAAACAGGACACUGUCAGCAAACCCCAGAACCAAGAGGAGGAGUUUCCAUGUAAAAAAUGUGGAAGAAUCUUCUACAAGGUGAAAAGCCGCAGCGCUCACAUGAAAAGCCACGCUGAGCAGGAGAAAAAGGCGGCAGCUCAGAAGCAGCGAGAGAAGGAAGAAGCAGAAGCAGCAGCGGCGGCGGCAGAGGCAGUGGCAGCGGCUCGUAGCCGAGCUCAGCAGGAGGAAAGUAGCGACAGCGGCAGCAGCAGUGGCAGCAGCGGCAGUGGCAGCAGCAGCUCAGAUGAGGAUGGAGAGGUGUAGCAGAGGGUCAUGGGAGGAGGCUGCAAGAGCUGGGCUGGCCCUUUGAACCUGGGAAGAUCUUUUCCACUUGUUGCACCUGUGUAGCUCCACAUCUGAACAGACACCCAGCCCUCUUGCUUCCACUUCCUUCCUCACUAACACAGACUGGUGGAUUUUGAAAAGAAAAGACAACCAUCACCUUGGAAGUUUCUACUUUUUAAAGAAAACCAAAAUUUUAUGAAUCACUUUAUUUAUAAAUUAACUGUUUCGGUACCUAUUUGAACAAAUGAUCAUGACAUGGAAUUCAGCUUUCCUUCAGUUCAAAUUACCCUUCCAUGGGAUCUCUGGGAGUCAUGAGAGCAGUGCCAGGGUGAGGGUGGGGCGUAGGGUGAGAAAUCUGCUGGGGUAUCAGUUGUUGUUCCCAUAUUGUUUCGUCCUUUUCCAACCUCCAGGUUUUACCUGCAGUUCCACACUCGUUAACUUUUUCAGUCUACCUGGUUAGGGCUCCAGCCAAUACGUGUUUUACCUCCUCCAACCUUUAUUACGAGAAUUUAUUUUCCAGAGGAAAAAGAUGUCCAGAAAAAUCAGGUAGGGAGCAGCCUCUGGGGGAUGACCUUUGAGAGUAAAAGACUUGUCUUUUCAAACAGAGGAAGCCACAUAUGUUUCUAGCAUUAAUUCAGCCUCGCCCUUGGCUGUUGAAUUUAGAAAUGCCACACAGCGUUGACCAUAUAUUUUGCACACACUUCUGGCGGCUGGAGGCAAGGGCUGUUGCUGACACCUAAACUAUUGGAAUGGUCAAUAGCUUUGAGGGCAGAACACAGGCUUUUCUUACAGCAUCUGUCCCUGGGAUUAUGGAUAAAAGGAGCUCAGGUUAAUAGGAUUGGGGAUAGAGAAUCUUAGAGAACCACUGACAAUUUGAAUAGAUGAGAUUGAGUUAGAUGAACCAAUGGUCUGAUUUGGUGUAAGGCAGGUAAAUAUUCAUACAUUGCAGCUACUGUGGUAUAUAUGCCUAGAAGUGGCAGAGAGGAAGCCUUUGGAUUUCACCCUGAAGCUGCCCAGUUAGAUUGGGUAUCAUGUUGUUUAUUUACCUGUUCAGUCCUUUUUCAAUACCUCCACAAAAGAAAAGCUACUAAAAGAAAAAGA